UAUAAAAAAGCAUAAAAGUCUCUCUUAUUUCUCUUUGAGCAGAAAACGAAUAUAUUUUACACAUAUAUUUUUAUAAAUUUUGUUUAUUUUGCAAAAUAUGUCGAGAGGAGUGAAAUCCAGUUCAACCUGUAGCAAUAACAUUAGACGCAGUAUAGUUUAAUUAGUAAUUUGUGGUAUCUUGCUAUCAAUAAUUAGAAAGAAGAAAGUUCUCUUUUCUUUUUUUUCUUGUAAAAAGAAAAUCAAACGGCAACCAUAACAAAUGGAUGAAAAGAAAGUAGAGUUUUUAAAGCAAAAAAGUCAAAGUGAUCUUUCAACAUCAAUUGAAGAAUGUGGAAACAUCAAUUGGACGACAUUGUCUCAAUGGGUACAGUGUAUUUGUGUUGUGACAUUUGAUUUAAAUCUAGGGCAGGCGUUGGAAUACGUGUACCCACCUGAGUUUAAACCAACUGAACAAGAAAUAACAAAUAUCUGCUACUUGGCGUUUCCGGAUUCCAACUCUGGUUGUAUGGGCGACACGAAAUUUCAUGUACGUUUGCGAACAUCCCCCGAUGGAAACCUAUCUAAAAAAUUGCUGCAAUUUCAAGUGUAUAAUAAUGAGUGUCCGCUUAUACUCAAAGCUGACCAAUCGCAUUAUUGGGGCUUUGUUUAUUUCAGGCAAAAACGAGAUCUAAACUUGCCGCGAGGAUAUUUCCAGAAAAGUUUUAUUAUAAUUACUCGCUUACCCUUCUUUAAUCUCUUCUUUGAAUUGCUAAACUAUUUGGCACCCAAAUAUUUCAAUGCAGGCAAAGGUAUACUGGAAGAAGCCUGCAUACACAUAAAUUCAAGGUGGCCGUCCUUGCAAGUGGGUGCUUCACUGAACCUCCCAUUAUUCGAAAACUCUUAUCAAAUCCUUAUUCCAAAGGCGAGUAGUCGGAAAACGAUUGCACCAAUUGAAUCUCUUGAAAAUUUCAAAGUGGAGCGUACUCAAGUUCUUCAUCCUAUGCAUAAUAAAAUAAUUGCAUCCGUUAAUGAAUUGGAUCUUUUUCAUAGCUUAGGAUUUAUUGUCGAUCACAUGUACACCUUAUGGGAAUUAGUGCUCACCGCCGAGCCCAUUGUGGUUAUAGGAACAUCGCCCGCGGAUUGCUCACAUAUGGUUCAAACUCUCGUUGCCAUAAUAGCUCCAUUAGAAUAUUGCGCCGAAGCAAGACCAUAUUUUACCAUACAUGACAGUGAAUUUAAAGAGUUUACCCGCGACCGUGGAAAAAUUCCACCGCCUCUUAUAUUAGGCGUAACAAAUCCAUUUUUUGUAAAACUUUUAAAGGAUUGGCCCCAUUUAUUGCGAUUACCCGAUAAUCAGGUUAGCUUACAAAAACAGCAACAAUUAACGACUAAAAAUGUUCUUAAUUCCAAUUCAGUCACGUCUAUCGGAAUUACAGGCCCUUUAAAGACUUAUAACUCGAAUCAGAAUACGACUGGGAGCAAUGGUGGCGAGUCGUGGAUCCCUGGCUUGUACACAAAAUAUAAGCCUUUUCUAAAGAAGGAUAAAUCACUCAUUAAAAAAGUUAUGUUAGGCCUGAAAACGAAGCGCCCAGAACAUGUGCAGACAGCAUUGCUAAGACGACAUCUGCUUGAAUUAACGCAAAGUUUUAUGAUACCGCUAGAGCGGUAUAUGGCUUCUCUGAUGCCUUUGCAAAAAGAUAUUAGUCCGUUUAAAUCGGCGCCAAACACGAAUGCUUUCAAACUUGAUGACUUUCUUGCAACCCUGGAAUUAUCGGGUCCACAAUUGACCUCAACUCUGAAGGGUGAUUGGAAAGGUCUUUAUAGACGAUUUUAUACUUCACCAAAUUUUCGUGGUUGGUAUGAUUCCCGUUACAAAGAAUUACAAUUAACAUUACAAGACCUUCAACUGCAAGCACUCUCUGAAGCGAAUUUAGAACAAUGGGCGCGCGAUAAACAGGAAGUAGAAAUAAUUGAUAUGAUUCUCAAAUUAAAGCAAAAACUGAAUCUCUAUAAUGAAAAAUUGGUAAGCGAAACCAGUUCCUUGUGUGCCAAACGUCAUACGCAUAGCGCGGCAACAACACGAGACCAGAUAAGAGCUCAAAUUGAUUGCAUGAAAGAAUUGUUACCGCAAGACUUAAAGAACAUUGUAAAUAUAUGAUAAAAGGACUUUAUGGAAUUAUCACAUCCAUCAAUGGUGAUCCAUCACAUAUACUACGUAUGGAAAUGAAUCAAGCAUACGUUCACAUAUAAAGCUUUAAUUAUUGGAUUAAAGAAUUAAGUUUGUACGCAGGUUUAACCAAAUUCGCAUUUUCUAUAAUUUUGCAUGUUUGAUAUAUUAAAGAUGGAUAAUGGUGACCCGUGAAGAGCGAGAUACGUUAGCGCCCCUCCCCCCUUUCAAAUUAUUAAUGUAUUUGUAUAUAUCGAUUAAGUUAAGAUGACUCGACUUGUUUUAAGGAAAUCUUUUAAGUUGCAAUUUAGCGAAUAUGUAAAUAUAUAAUGAAUGUAU